ACGGCCGACGACAAUUCGCGGCGUGGACCGAACGUCGAGUCGCGUGACGCUCGAGUCCAACGAGCCUUGGAGAACUUCGCUGCGAACGUGUAAAUAAAGGAGCAUGGAGCACGUCGACAGUCCGAGCUAUCUCCAAACGAUCUGGGCACCGAUCGCCUCCCUGGGCUGGUACAUCGUGGGGCUUGGCGUCAUCGUGGUGUACACGUUUCCGCAUAUCCAAGAGAGAUAUAAGAGCUGGAAAGUCGCGAGGAACCAGCGGGAUGCCGCGCUCGGCAAGAAGACCGACGAAAUGCCACAGUUGUCAGCCAACGUGGAGCUGGCGCGACAGAAGAUGCAAGAGGCGUACGACAAGAGUCGCGCCGUAGCACGAGUCAGAGAGGAAGAGGAACAAGAAAGAAAGAGGCAAAAGGUCUUGAAACUGCUGGAAACUAAAAGCGUAGGUACGAGACUCGGUAGCGCGAACGACGACGAAACUCCUGGCACGAGUACAAAAUCCAGGUCGUUAAAAUCGGAGUAUAAUCCCUUAAUGGGCGACAACACUCGGGGAUAUCGUCCUCCGAAACGGUCCUGUUGCAAAAAGGGCGGAUGCGGUUAACCGCAAUUUUGUGGGAUCUCACGGGAAGGCCAUUUACAUUCUUGCAAUUUAACGUUCUUAAGGACAAAAGUGGGAAAGUAACUUACGGGGUUCGAAUAGACACGCUUGAACGGUGGUGCACACGAUUUCUACAAAUCCUAUCGAGUCGUGUGAAAAAAUUGGUGUAAUUGUUAUAUCGACAUUAAUUCCAUACAUGUACAAUUCUUAAGCUUUAAUAAACCAGAGAUAGAUUUUACCUAUCGAAUCGAUAGUAAA